GUUUCUAUAUAUAGCUAUAUAAUAUAUAAUCUUCAAAAUCAAAAUUUUUCUCUGUUCAGGCAGCUCUUCUUACCUCUUUCUCUUUCCAUUUUUUUUUUAAAUUUCUUAUGCUUUCAUUGUUGCAUUUAUAUAAUAAAAUUUAUAUAAAUAUUUGUUUUAACUGAAUUUGCAUUUUUUUAAGGAUAACUGAAUUAGCAUUUUGGAUGUUAAAAAAAAAAACAUGAGAUUUUUCCCAUAAGAAAGGACACAAUAAAAUUGAAAGAAGGAAAUAUUAUUUGAAGGGGGCAAGGCAAAUAGAAGAGAACAAAGAGGAUGAAAUUAACCUCCUCUAUUCUUAUUCUUAUUGUGCCUCCUUUCAGAUCUUAGUUUUUUUUUUCUUUGCAAGAUUUCGCACUUGGGUUUGCUUGGAUUGGUGAAGUUAAAAAUUCUGGGUUGGUCGGUUUAUUGAACGUCGAAGGAUCUGUUUGGUUUUAGUUUUGAAUCAGAGAGAAAAUUGGCGUUGUGGAUCGGAUUGCGAUUUUGUUGUUAAAUUAAAGAGAAAGAUGUCUGAGAAUGGUAAGCUAUUUAUUGGUGGAAUAUCUUGGGACACCAAUGAAGAGCGUCUCAAGGAGUAUUUCAGUAGUUUUGGUGAAGUUGUAGAAGCAGUGAUCAUGAAGGAUCGAACCACAGGGCGUGCUCGAGGUUUCGGUUUCAUUGUUUUCUCUGACCCAGCUGUUGCUGAGAAAGUCAUCAAGGAGAAACACAACAUUGAUGGCAGGAUGGUUGAGGCAAAAAAGGCCGUUCCUAGGGAUGACCAGAACAUUAUGAGUAGAAGCACUAGUAGCAUCCACAGUUCACCUGGUCCUGCACGCACAAGAAAGAUUUUUGUUGGAGGUUUAGCAUCUACAGUCACAGAGAGUGACUUUAAGAAGUAUUUUGAUCAGUUUGGGAAUAUCACAGAUGUUGUAGUGAUGUAUGAUCACAACACUCAAAGGCCUAGGGGUUUUGGAUUCAUCACUUACGAUUCAGAAGAGGCAGUCGACAAAGUGUUGCUAAAAAAUUUCCAUGAACUGAAUGGUAAAAUGGUUGAGGUUAAACGAGCAGUUCCCAAAGAGCUGUCGCCAGGCCCAGCUCGUAGCCCCCUUGGUGUAUAUAACUAUGGUCUGAAUAGGAGCAACAGCUUUCUUAAUGGCUACACUCAGGGAUAUACUCCUAGCAACCUUCGAGGAUAUGGACUUAGGAUGGAUGGUAGAUUCAGUCCAGUUGCUGCAGGUCGAACUGGGUUUCCUCCUUUUGGUUCUGGUUAUGGAAUGGGAAUGAACUUUGAGCCAGGAUUGAACCCAGGUUUUGGAAACAGUACAAAUUUUAAUAACUAUGGACGGGGAUUGAGCCCUUACUAUAUUGGAAAUACAAAUAGGUUUGGUAGUCCAAUUGGGUAUGAUGGAAGUAAUGGAGGUGGAAGUAAUACUUCCUUUUUCAGCUCGGUGACCCGGAAUCUUUGGGGAAAUGGAGGGCUUAAUUAUAAUGCAAAUGCUGCUAGUUCCAGUGCCUAUGCAGGAUCUGGAAGUGGGAGUAUAGGAACAAGUGCUUUUGGAAAUAGUGGAAUUAACUGGAGUUCUUCUCAGAUUUCCAGUCAAGGUGGAAGGAAUAAUGUUUCUGGCAAUAAUGUUAAUUUCAGUUAUGGAAGUGGUGAUAACAGCUUUGGGUUCGGGACAGCAGGGCAUGAGAGAAACACUGGGACCAAUGUAGUGCCAACAUCAUCAUAUGCAGCAUCAAAUGGCAGUUAUGAUGGAGCCUUUGCAGACUUUUAUGGUGGUGCUUCAUUUUACAGGGAUACCACUUGGCCAUCAUCAACAUCUGAGCGUGAUGGUUCUGGUUCCUUUGGCUAUGGACUUGUUAGUGCCACUUCUGAUGUUCCUGGUAAAAGUUCUCCUGGUUAUGUCGGCAGUUAUAGUGUUAAUAAGGGACAAUCAAAUAGAGGAAUUACUACCUAGAAGACUAUUUUGGUUAUCACUAUACUGUAGGUGGAGAUAACUUGUGAAGCAAGUGAUCUGUCAGUUCUGCACAUUUCCCUCGUUAAUCAAUAUGCUUCAGUUAUAUGAAAGUUGGUUAUCUAUAGAGCUACUGGAGUGGCUGUUUUUGGAGAAAUACAUUCUAGAGUUAGGGAUGUUAAGGCUUGAGUUUUGUUUUAGGGUUCCUUUUUUGGUAUUUGAGUGAGAUGUAAAAUCAGGUUCCGGGAUAUAGUCAGAAUAUGUAUCAUGCAUCUCAUGUGAGGCAGUGAUGCAUAACAAUAUAGACGUUUUUCCUUUCGUUUUUUUUUGGUAGAUUUUAUGUUCUGUAAUGGCUCUGGCAAAGUUGUGGGUUCUUUCUUGUCAGGCAUGCUUUGUUUGUUUUAUUUUUAUUUUUUUAUUAUUACUUUAUCUUCCAUUAUUUGGGUUUAUCUUUCAGUCAGAAUGUAUCUGAGAGAUUCUUGUUUAUUUAUUAGAGUGAAACAUUGAAAGGGAUACACCCAUAUAGGGUCCCUCUAAAUAAGUUACGGAUAUAUGCUGAUUCUUUUCCCUACUAAA